AAGGAGAAAAAAUACGAGACUCGAAUCCACUACAGGGGACUGGGGGACACUGCACUAUCUUGGAGAUAGGCUUUUUCAAGAAUCUCGCCGGAAUUCUGUCCUGUACAUCAACUGGGUUUUUAAUUUAAAACAGAAGAAAGAGCCUGGAUAUAUAGUUUUUUAAUCACUGGACUGAAGUUGCAACUGAUAAAUUACUGUUAAAAUCUAAAAGAGCCUGACUUGCUGUUUCACCCUUGAUUGUCCUCAGACAAAACCAGAAGAUGGACCAGGACCUGUUUGGUGGUGCCCCACGCUUCCUGACCCGGCCAAAGGCCUUUGCUGUGUGUGUAGGGAGAGAUGCCACCCUAAGCUGCACUAUAGUGGGGAACCCUGUGCCAGCAGUGAACUGGGAGAAGGGGAAGCAGAAUAUCACCUCAGGUGGGCGCUUCAAGACUGUGGAGGAUGGGGAUGUGUACCGCCUGACCAUCUACGAACUGACAUUGGAUGACAGUGGCCAGUACAUCUGCCGGGCCAAGAACACCGUGGGAGAGGCCUAUGCUGCGGUCACUCUCCAGGUGGGGUUUCCCAGCGACUUGGUGGAACGCCCUCCAACGUUUGUGGAGAAGCCCGUCUCCACCAGGGUGAGCCUGGGGGAUGAUGUCAAGUUCUACUGCCGAGUCUUGGCUCACCCAGAACCCACUUUCACUUGGGAGAAGGAUGGAAGGUAUGUAGGGGAGUCCAGCCGCUUCAAGAUAAACUCGGACUCUGAGUCCACCUCCCUGAAUAUCCAGUGCGCACGGAGCAUCGACAGUGGGACUUUCACCUGCAGGGCACAGAACUCCGUUGGCCGAGCCCAAGCAGCGGCUGCACUGGUAGUGGAACACCAGGACUCUCAUAAUCUGGCCAGUGCAGAUAAGGGCUCCUCCCUGCUGUCGCAUUUGCAGAAGAGACGGGAAGAGAUGCGCAAAUCUGACAUCUCUCUUUACCGCUCUUCGGAUCUGACUGUGGACAACUACCAGUCUUCCACUUCCUCCUCAACUACUUCAAUCCUGAAGUCCACGGAGGGGCUGAGCUCCUUGGGCCUGAGCCUGUCCCAGGACUACGUGCGCGCAGCCGGCCUGGCUAGCAGACUGCCGAAGGGGGUGUUCACGCGCACCUGCACGGUGACCGAGGGGAAGCACGCCAAACUGAGCUGCUUCGUCACGGGGCACCCCAAACCGCAGAUCCUGUGGAUGAAGGAUGGGAUAGUCAUCAAUGAGGGUCGCAGGCUCUUGAUCUAUGAGGAUGAGGCAGAGAAUUUCAUCCUCAAGAUCCUGUACUGCAAACAGGACGACAACGGCCUCUACACCUGCACUGCCUCUAACCUGGCUGGACAGACCUACAGCGCCGUUCUGCUCACUGUCAGAGAGCCCAUGAUCCCAUUUAAGACCAAGCUGCGGGAUGUGGAGGUACAGGAAAAGGAGACGGCGACACUGCAGUGUGAGGUGCCCCUGCCCGCCACCGAGACCAGCUGGUACAUGGAGGAGACGCCAUUGUCCCAGAGUGCCAAGUAUCACAUGGAGGAGGAUGGGACACUGCGCCGGCUCACCAUCUGCAACGUCACCACCAACGACGAUGCCGUUUACAUCUGCGAGAUGAAGGAGGGCAGCCGCACUGUGGCGGAGCUGACUGUGAGAGGCAACAUCACCAAGAAGCUUCCUCGAAAGACCAUCUUGCCAGUUAGUGACACAGUGAUCUUCUGCGUCGAGCUAGAGAAGCCCUUCGAGAACUGCUUCUGGACCAGGAAUGGCGAGAGGCUGUACGAGGACAGCAGGGUGUCCUUGGUGUCCUCCGACCACCAGUACACCCUCACCAUCCGAGACUGCCGUGCUGAAGACUCCGGGGAGAUCGCCUUUGUGGCCGGGGACUGCAAGACCUCCACUAGCUUCUCAGUGACUGCCCCCAGAAAGCAUCCUCCAGAUCCCCCAGUUGACCCUGUGGUGCAGGACAAGACGGACACCUCCAUCACCCUCUGCUGGUCCCCUCCUGUCACAGACAGGCCAGUGCCCAUUUCUGGCUAUGUGGUGGAGAGGAGGAAAGUGGGCAGCCAGACCUGGAUGAGGUGUCAUGGCUCAGACAACAUUCCUUGCCCAGAAUUUACAGUGAGUGGCCUGACAGAGGAGGGCAGCUACCAGUUCCGAAUCACUGCCGUCAAUGACUUUGGACAGAGCGCCUUCCUGGAAGUUCCUGGGACCUUUUACCUUGAGCCCAAGGCUUCAGUGAAAACCCCACUGCUGGAUGUGGUGUCAACAGCUGGGGAGGAGGCCACAUUCACGGUCGAGCUCUCUGAGGUGUGUUCAGGGGCCUGGUUCCUCGAUGGCAAGGUCCUGCGCAGCGAUGAGCUUUACCUCAUCAGCCGCACCAAAACCACCCACACUCUGGUGAUCCGCCAGGUGCGCAAAGAUCUGAAUGGAGCGCUGGUCAGAUUUGUGGGUGGAGGAUCAGAGAGCACGUGUAGGCUGAAAGUAAAAGAGGAGCCAGCUAAGUUUGUGAAAAAACCUCAGAGCCCUGCAGAGGUGACAGUCUGUGCAUCAGAGGACUUGGUGCUGAGCUGUGAGGUGGCAGCGGUUGGCACGAGUGUAGUGUGGAGGAAAGGUCACAGUGAGGUCAAGCAGGACCAGAGGACCACCCUCAUCUCCCAGGGGACGCAGCGCAAACUUGUCAUCAAAAACGCCAGGCAGAGCGACCAAGGCCAGUAUACCUGUGAGACGGCAGAGGACAAAGUGACCUAUCAUGUCAAAAUGAAAGAAACAACUUCAAAAUUUGUGAAGAAGUCUACUACGAAGACAGAGUUCUCAUCCUGCUUGGGAGAGACAGUGGUCCUGUCCUGUGAAGUGAGCCAGGCUGCUGCACAGGGGAAGUGGAUGAGAGGAGGACAGGAAGUGAAGCUGGGAAAAGAUGUGGUCAUAGAAACGGAAGGCACAACCAGAAAGCUCAAAAUAAAGAGCACAAAAGUCAGCGACUCUGGGAUGUAUACAUAUAAACUCCCUGAGGAUGAGAUAACAUUCCAAGUGAACGUCAAAGAGCCUCCGUUGAAGUUUGCUGUGAAGCUGGAAGCCAUGACAGUGGAGCUGGGAGGGAACUUGACUCUGAGCUGUGAGCUCAACCGCGCCCAGGGAGAUGUGCUGUGGCGCCAUAACAGGGCCGAGAUCAAGCCCAGCAGCAGGUUUAGGAUUCUGGCAGACGGAGCCAAGCGCAUCCUCACAGUGACAGGGGUGACAAAGGAGGAUGAGGGAGAGUACAGCUGUGAGUCGAAAGAUGACAGGACAGCUGCCAAGAUCUCCACUAAAGCUCCUCGAUUGGUCAGGUUCACUUCCAAGCUGAGCACUGUGGCCGCGGUGGAAGGGAAGGACGCCGUAUUCAAGUGCAGCGUGACCCCAGCCGAUGCCAAAGUGGCGUGGUUCCACAACGGAGGCCCCAUCACGGUGGGGCCCAAGUUCAAGAUCGCUCAGGAGGGAACCAACCACUGGCUGACCAUCACCUCUGUCAGCUGCAAGGACGCAGGGCAGAUCUCUGCUGAAACGGAAGGGAAAGUGACAAAGGCCAACCUUCAAGUGCAGGAGAUGCCGGUGACGUUCCUGAAGAAGCUGGAGAACCAGACGGUGCAGGAGCAGGAUGAGGUGGUUCUGGAGGUGGAGCUGAGCAAGCCCUCCGCGGAGGUGAAGUGGAUGAAGAAUAGCGUGGUGGUGCAGUCUGGGGACAACAUCCAGAUCCGCACCGAGGGGACCCGACAGGCCCUUGUCAUAAAGAGUGUGACCUUUGUGGAUCGCGGAUACUACAGCUGUGAGACCCUGGACGACAAGACACAGGCCAAGCUCACCGUAGAGAUGAAGAAGGUGACGUUGGUACGAGGGCUAGAAGAGAUGAAGGUGGAGGAGAAGGAGACUGUAACCUUCGAGGUGGAGCUCAAUCACGCCGAUGUGGAAGGUUCCUGGACCAGAGAUGCUGUCAGGCUGAAACCAGGGGCCAACUGCCGUAUCUCAGCACUGGGGAAGAAGCAUUCCCUCACGCUGUCCAACCUCAGGCUGGAGGACUCGGGGCUGGUUUCCUUCCAGGCUGAAGGGGUGCACACGUCUGGGAGACUUAUUGUAACAGAGCCUGCUGUGAAGUUCACCAAAACUCUUCAGGACAUCAAAGUUCCUGAAAAGGAGAAGGUGACCUUUGAGUGUGAGCUUUCCAGAGCCAAUGUAGAUGUCAAGUGGUUCAAGGAUGAUGUUGAACUGAAGCCUGGGAAGAAACUGAGCAUCAUUUCCCAGGGCCGCAAGAGAAGCCUGCUGAUUCACAAGUGUGCCUAUGAAGAUCAGGGCCUGUAUGCAUGUGACAUGACUGAUAACAAGACCUCAGCUAAGCUGGCUGUUCACGCCCGGGAUAUCCAGAUCUUGAAGCCACUGGUAGAUGUGGAAGUGGUGGAAAAAGAGAGCGCAGGCUUUGUGUGUGAAAUCUCCCAUGAUGAAGUGGAGACACAGUGGUACAAGAACAAUGCCAAGAUAAAGCCCGGAGACAACAUCAAGAUGAGACAGGAAGGGAGAACCUAUGUGUUACUGUUCAAGUCUGUAAGGCCAGAAGAUGCAGCUGAAAUCAAAUUUACUGCUGAGAAAACUUCAUCCACAGCAAAACUUAAGGUCAAAGAGCUGCCAGUCCAGAUUGUGAAGCCACUCAGGGACAAGAUUGCCAUAGAGAAGCAUCGGGGUAUCCUGGAGUGCAAAGUAUCUCGGCCCAAUGCUGAGGUUAAGUGGUACAAAAAUGGCAAAGAGCUCAAACCCAGCAAGAAGUAUGAGAUUGCCAGCCAAGAUGUCUACCGGAAGCUCAUCAUCAAUGACAUUGAGCAAAAAGAUGAAGCCACCUACACCUGUGAUGCCACAGAUGCCAAAACCUCUUGCAAGUUACUUGUGGAAGAGCAAGCCAUCACCAUCGUACGGGAGCUGAGCUCCGUGGAGGUGAUAGAACCAGCUGAGGCUCGGUUUGAGGUGGAGAUCAGUGUCGUGGAGGUCAAGCCGCCGAAGUGGACACUGUGCGGCGAGCCACUCCACGCCAGUCGGGAUGUGGAGAUUGAGCAUGAUGCCACUGUGCACCGCCUCAUUUUCAGAAAGACCAAAGCUGACAUGACUGGCCCCAUCCAAUUCACUGCUGGCAAAAGCAAAUCUACUGCACAGCUAACUGUGAAAGAACCUCCGGUGCUGGUUCUGCAGCAGAUCAAAGAUGCAAACGGCAAGGAGAAGGGAUCUGCAACCCUGAGCUGUGAGUUUUCUCCCCCUCCUAAGACGGUGUACUGGUACAAGGACCAAGCCCUCCUGGAGGCCUCAAGCAAGUACCGUGUGAAACAGGACAGAGGCCGAAUGGAGCUCACCGUUCUGAAGCUGAUACCUGAGGAUUCUGGAGUGUACUGCUGCAAGGCUGGCAAUGCAGAGAGCAAAGGCACACUCACCGUGGAAGCUCGCAAAGUGGAGAUAAUCCAGCACCUGGAGUCAGUGGAGGUGGAGGAGGAUGGUAGUGCUUUCUUCUGCUGCGAGGUGUCCCACGAUGAUGAAGAGUUGCAGUGGUUCCUCAAUGAUAACCCACUCUGUUCCAAUGAUGUCAAUGAGAUCAGGCAGAUUGGCAAACGCCACACCCUCACCCUCAAGCGGCUGGCCCCUGAGGAUUCUGGGACUGUGAAGGUCACAGUAAGGGAGAUCACUGAGUCAACAAACCUCACGGUUAAAGAGAAGGUGGCUGUGUUCUUGAAGUCACUGGAUGAUGUAGUGGGAGAGGAGCGAGGGAUGAUCACACUGGAGUGUGAAGCCUCCAAACCCAAAGUCACCCCUGUCUGGAAGAAGGACAGUGUUGUCCUGACUGCUUCCGAUAAGUAUGAACUGCUGCAUGCUGGGAAGGCACUUGGUCUGAUUGUCCAUGACCUCACUAAGGAGGAUGCUGGGCUCUACAGUUGUGACAUUGGCACAGACAUCGCGAAGUCCAAGGUUACUGUUCAAGACCUGAACAUUGGGAUCACCAAGAGGCUGAAGACUGCAGAGGCAAAGGAGGGGGAGAGCUGCAGCUUUGAGUGCAUCCUAUCACAUGAGAGCAUUGAUGACUGCUCCUGGAGUGUGGGGGGGCAGCCAGUGGAGAACGAUGGUCGAUUUGAGAUCUCCAACAAGGGCCGCAAGUACAUGCUGACCAUCAAGGAAGUGAAGGCUUCUGAUGCUGGGGACAUAGUAUUCACUGCCAGGAACCUCAGCUCCAAGACCACACUGUUUGUCAAAGAGAAGUCAUCUACUAUAACCAAAGAGCUGCAGAGCUGCAGGGUGACCCCGGGGGAAGAUGCAGUGCUGAGCUGUGAAAUAUCAAAGCCUGGAGCCAGUGUCAAGUGGUACAAAGAUGGCAAAUCCAUUAGGAGGAGCCACAAGUAUGAGAUAAUCCAGGAAGAGAGCUUGCAGACGUUAAUCAUUCACAACACCACAGCCAAGGACUCAGGAGAGUACAGCUGUGAGACAGACAGCUCCAAAACCAGAGCAAAACUUGAAGUGAAGGAAGAAGAAAACAGCUUCACCACAAUGCUGCAAGACCUGACGGUGGAGGAGAUGGGCUCUGCGACUCUGGAGUGUGAGACCACACUUCCUGUCAGCAAAGUCACCUGGAAGAAGGGUGUGAUGGAGUUGAAAGAUGGCACCAAGUAUGAAAUAAAACAGCAGGGAACCCUCCUCUCUCUCACCAUUAGUAACCUGGAGAAGAAUGACAGCGAUAGCUACUCCUGCGACAUUGGGGCCAUGAAGUGCAGAGCCAGGCUAACAGUGCAUGAAAAGCCACCUAUCAUUACAAAAGACUUAAAAGACUGUGAUGCCCAGGAAGGAGAAGAUGUGUUGCUACUGUGCGAGACCUCUAAAGACUGUCCAGUCCAUUGGUACAAAGAUGGGAUUGCGCUGAAGACGUCUUCCAAGUACAAGAUGAGCUGCAUAGGUGCUGAGGCCCGGCUCACCAUCAGGAGUGCAGAGGAGAAAGAUGGAGGAAUGUACGAGUGUGAGGCAGGGCAGUCCAGGACCAAGGCCAGGGUCACAGUGAAGGCUGCUCAUGAUUCCCCAGCUUUGCCAGUGACUUUCAAGCAAGAGCUCCAGAACCAGGAGACCAAAGAGGGAGGCAGCGCCACCCUGCGCUGUGAGCUGUCGAAACCUGGAGCCCCAGUGGAGUGGAGGAAAGGGGCAGCAGCGCUGAAGACUGGGGACAAAUACAAGAUGAAGCAGAGGGGCUGCACUGCUGAGCUGCUAAUUGAGAGCCUUCUGCCUGAAGACACAGGAGACUACAGCUGUGUGUGUGGAGACCAGCACACCACAGCCCGGCUCACUGUAGAGGCUCUGCCAGUGACGUUCAAGCAAGAGCUCCAGAACCAGGAGGCCAAAGAGGGAGGCAGCGUCACCCUGCGCUGUGAGCUGUCGAAACCUGGAGCCCCAGUGGAGUGGAGGAAAGGGGCAGCAGCGCUGAAGACUGGGGACAAAUACAAGAUGAAGCAGAGGGGCUGCACUGCUGAGCUGCUGAUUGAGAGCCUUCAGCUUGAAGACACAGGAGACUACAGCUGUGUGUGUGGAGACCAGCACACCACAGCCCGGCUCACUGUAGAGGCCCUGCCAGUGACUUUCAAGCAAGAGCUCCAGAACCAGGAGACCAAAGAGGGAGGCAGCGUCACCCUGCGCUGUGAGCUGUCGAAACCUGGAGCCCCAGUGGAGUGGAGGAAAGGGGCAGCAGUGCUGAAGACUGGGGACAAAUACAAGAUGAAGCAGAGGGGAGCAACAAGUGAAUUGCAAAUCUGCAAUUUAGAGAUCGAGGAUAGUGGAGAGUACAGCUGUGUGUGUGGAGAGCACAAAACAACCGCCUCUCUCAAAGUCAAUGCACUGCCGGUCAUUUUCAAACAAGUGCUACAAGACCAGGAGGCUCAGGAAGGAGCCACUGCCACCCUGUGCUGUGAGCUCUCUAAACCCGGAGCUCUCGUGGAGUGGUGGAAAGGCAAGGAGCUGCUUCUGCCUGGAGACAAGUAUCAGAUGAAGCAGAGAGGAAACAAUGCUGAGAUGAAAAUUAAAAAUUUGGAACCUAACGAUGCCGGAGAAUACACCUGUAUCACAGGAGACCAGAAAACAAGUGCUCAAGUGAAAGUGACGGCUUUGCCUGUGCUUUUCAAAGAAGAACUUAAGCACCAGGAUGCCAAAGAAGGGGACAGCAUUACUCUGCAUUGCAAGCUCUCUAUGCCAGGAGCUGCAGUGGAGUGGAGGAAGGGCAGGGAGCUGCUGCAGUCUGGAGACAAAUAUGAGAUGAGGCAGUCUGGCUCUGUAACAGAACUGCUAAUAUGUAACUUAGAAGUGGGCGAUACUGGGCAUUAUACUUGUAAAAGUAAAGAUGCAGAAUCGACCGCUGAACUCAUUGUGAAAGCCAUGCCUGUAACUUUCAAAAAAGAACUUCAGAACCAACAGACCACAGGGGGAGGCAGUGCUACCCUGCACUGUGAGCUGUCUAAACCUGGAGCCCCAGUGGAGUGGAGGAAAGGAGGAACUGCUCUAAAGUCUGGGGACAAAUAUAAGAUGAAACAGAGGGGCUCCGUAGCUGAGCUAAUUAUAAAUAAUUUAGAAGUAGAAGAUACUGGAGAUUAUAUCUGUGCCAUUGGUGCUCAACAGACCAGUGCUCAUGUUAAUGUCAAUGCACUACCCAGCAUUUUCAAACGAGAGCUGCAGGACCAGGAGGUUCAGGAAGGGUCCACUGUCACCCUGCGCUGUGAGCUCUCUAAACCCGGAGCCCAGGUGGAGUGGAGGAAGGGAGGAGUGGUGCUGCAGCCCAGUGACAAGUAUGAGAUGAGGCAGGAGGGAGCUGUUGUAGAGCUGGUAAUUCAUGAUCUGAAGCUGGACGACAUGGGAGACUACAUCUGUGACACUGGUGACAAGACAAGCACAGCAUCUCUGAAAGUCAAUGCCUUGCCCACCAUUUUUGCUCGGUUCAAACUUGACUCCCCAGCACUGCCUGUCCUUUUCAAACAAGAGCUUAAGAGCCAGGAGGCUGAAGAGGGCAGCAGGGCCUUCCUGCGCUGUGAGCUCUCUAAACCUGGAGCCCAGGUGGAGUGGAGGAAGGGAGGAGUGGUGCUGCAGCCCAGUCACAAGUAUGAGAUGAGGCAGGAGGGAGCUGCUGUAGAGCUGGUAGUUCAUGACCUGAAGCUGGAUGACAUGGGAGACUACAUCUGUGACACUGGUGACAAGACAAGCACAGCAUCUCUGAAAGUCAAUGCACUGCCAGUCAUUUUCAAACAAGACCUGCAGGACCAGAAGGCUGAGGAAGGGGGCACUGCCACCCUGCAGUGCAAGCUCUCCAAACCAGGUGCCACAGUGGAGUGGAGAAAAGGAGGAGUGGAGCUUUGCCCUUGUGCCAAGUAUGAGAUGAGACAAGAUGGCUGCAGUGUUUGCUUACUGAUUCACAAUGUAGAGCCAGAGGAUGCUGGAGACUACACCUGUGACACUGGGGAUCGACAGACCACCGCUUGUCUGUCAGUGAAGGCCCUGCCCGUAUAUUUCAGGACCUUGCUGGAGAGCCAGCUGGGAGAGACAGGAGGAAUGGCCACCUUGAGCUGUGAGCUCACCAAGGCUGGAGCCCAUGUGGACUGGAAGAAGGGCGGGAAAGUUGUAGAACCCAAUGACAAGUAUGAGAUUAGGCAGGAAGGUACUGUAGCAGAGCUUGUCAUUUACAACCUGAAGCCAUCAGAUGCCGGAGAAUACACCUGUGACACGGGCGACCAGAAGUCUUCUGCCACACUCACUGUCCAGGAACUGGACGUCACCAUAGUGAAGGGGAUAGAGAGCCUCACGGUGAAGGAGGACGAGGAUGCAGUGUUCCAGUGUCAGGUCUCCCAUGACAACGCACCCCAGGUGCAAUGGAAACUGCAGGAUAUCCCACUCCAGAGCAAUGAGAUGAAUGACAUCACCGGGGAGGGGAAGGUGCACACCCUGACUCUCAGGAAAGUGACUCAGGAGGAUUCGGGUACUGUGGUCUUCAGCGUUGGACCUCACACAUCUUCUGCUGAGCUCACAGUCAGAGCUUCCAAUGUGCUGUUCACACGCUGGCUGCAGAACCAGGAGGCUAUGGAGGGGGACUCUGCCACCUUACGCUGUCAGCUCUCGCAGCCUGGGGCCUCUGUAGAGUGGAGGAAGGAGGCAGUUGUGCUGCAACCAAGCACAAAGUACGAGAUGAGGGUCGAUGGGACUGAGGCCCUGCUUGUCAUCAAAGAUCUCAAACUGGAGGAUAGUGCAGACUACACCUGUGACACAGGAGACCAGCAAAGCACAGCAUCUGUUUCUGUUAAAGAGCCUGAAGUCAGGGUGGUGAAGGAGCUGAGGAGCGUGUCGGUAUUUGCUAAUGAGGAUGCCAUGUUCUCCGUGGAGCUGUCUCGGCCCUGUCUGAAGGAUGUUCAGUGGAAGCUGGGAGACGUUCCCCUGCAGCACAAUGAAAUGAAUGAGAUUGGGAUGGCGCGGAAUGGCCUUGUCCACACUCUCACCCUGCGGAAGGUGACGCUGGAUGAUUCAAGCCCUGUGACCUUCACAGCUAGGGGCUGCACUUCCACAGCUGAACUUAAUGUCUCAGCUGCCCCGCCUGUGGUGUUUAAGAAAAAGCUGGAGAGUCAGGAACUAAAGGAAGGGGACAACGCUUUCUUGCGCUGCGAGAUCUCGCACCCUAAUGUACCUGUCACCUGGAAGAGGGGCGGAGAGACACUGUCUCAGAGUGACAAGUACACCUUGCAGCAGAGGGGGACCAUGCUGGUGUUGAUCAUCCAUAAUCUGAAGCCUGAGGACGCUGGUGAAUACAUCUGUGACACGGGGGAUCAGCAGUCUACAGCCACUCUCACUGUCAAAGAGCAUGUGCGGAUCACUGAGGGUCUGCAGGAUGUCAGUGUGUAUGCAGGGGGUGAUGCUUGCUUUGUGUGUGAGGUAUCCCAUGAGGGGGUGACUGAGGGGCAGUGGAGGCUGGAGUCGGCUGUCCUGCAGAGCAAUGACAUGAACAAGAUCAGCGUCAGCGGCAGGGUGCACACCCUAGUGCUGAAGGAAGUCACUCUGGAUGAGAUGGGCAUGGUGACAUUUGCCGUAGGGGAGGAGAGAUCCACUGCCAGGGUGGUGGUGCAGGAGAAACCCAAAGCUGUGAUCAGGGAGAAGCUUCAGGACACUUCUACCUGUGAGGGGGAGACCGCUGUCUUGACCUGCAUGACCUCAGAGCCAGGUUGUUCAGUCACUUGGAGGAAAGACAACAGGAUCAUCAGGCCCAGCGACAAGUAUGAGAUCAGACAGGAGGGUCUGCUCAACCGUCUCCUUAUCCACAGUGUGGAAGCAACGGAUGCUGGGAAAUACGCGUGUGAAAUUGGGGAUGACCAGAGCAGUGCUACAUUGACAGUAGAAGAAUUGCCUGCAUUUUUCAAACAGGAGCUGCAGAACCAGGAAGCUGAAGAGGGGGACAGUUCCACCCUGCGCUGUGAGCUCUCUAAACCUGGAGCCCCGGUGGAGUGGAGGAAAGGAGGAGUGGUGCUGCAGCCCAGUGACAAGUAUGAGAUGAGGCAAGAAGGCACUGUUUUAGAGUUAGUGAUUCAUGACCUGGAACCUGAAGACAAUGGCUACUAUACAUGUGACACAGGAGACCAGCUGACAACUGCUUCUGUCACAGUUCAAGAGAGAGAGGUGCGGAUAGUGUCGGGUUUAAGGAACACGGAUGUGUUUGUGGGGCAGCAGGCAGUGUUCUCCUGCCAGGUUUCCCGGAAGGGGCUGAAGGAUGUGCAGUGGUGGUUGGAUGGCUCCUCUCUGCACAACAGCCCCUUCAAUGAGAUAAGCGUUCAGGACGGCACGACCCACACGCUCACCCUCAACAACCUGGCCGCUGACGACUCCGGCACGGUGACUUUCAAAGCUGGAAGCCUCGUUUCUUCUGCCAAAUUAUUAGUAAAAGAUCCCACAGUGGAGGUGGUGAGUGCCAUGGAGGACAUGUGCGUGGAGGAAGAACAGCCGGCUGAGUUUAUCUGCCAGUACUCCCGACCUGUCAAGGCGCUUUGGAAGAAGAAUGGCAAGCAGCUGCAGCCUGAUAGUCGCAGGGUCCUUGUGGAGCAGGACUGGAAUGUGGCCAGACUUAAGAUCAACCGUGUCACUAUGGAAGACAGGGGUACAUACUCAUGUGAAGCUGAGGGAACCACAGUGUUCGCUCUUCUUGAAGUCCAAGCUAAACCCAUAGACAUCAUCCAGGGGUUGGAGAACGUAGAGACAGUGGAUGGAGGUGAAGCACUGUUCGAGUGCUCCCUCUCUCGACCAGAGCUGCGGGACUACCGCUGGCUGAUAGAUGACCUACCAGUGCGGGAGACUGAGAACAUGGAGAUGGCAGUGUUUGAGCACGGACGCCGGCACCUCCUGCUUCUUAAAGACCUGCAUCCUGAAGAUAGCUGCCGGGUCACCUUCCUGGUUGGCAAUGUUGUCUCCUCUGCAUUCCUAACAGUUAGAGGGUGGCAGCUGCACGUGGCGAGGCCGCUGGAAGACGCAGAGGUGGUCGUGGGGGAGCAGGUGGUGUUUACGUGUGAGCUGAGUGAGCCUGUUCCCAUCAGUGAGGUCACCUGGUACCUCAAUGGCUCAGAGAUCCAUGCCGACAGCCACACCUGGGUUACGCAAGCCGAUGGCAAUUCCUACAGCCUCAUCCUCAAACAGGCUCAGCCUCAGCACUCCAAAGAAGUGACCUUUGCAGCUAGGGAUGCCAUCUCCACUGCCAAACUCACAGUCAUUGCCCUUCCUGACCCUCCUGAGGACCCAGAGGUGGUGAGUAAGAACAGCGAAUCAGUGACGCUGUCCUGGUUCACGCCCCUCAAUGAUGGGGGCGGGAACAUUCUGGGCUACAGAGUGGAGAUGCGAUUGACUGACAGUGUCCUGUGGCAGCCGUGCCACACGGAACCCAUUCGGAACACAGAGUUUGUGGUGGACAACCUGAUUCCAGGAAAGGCGUACAGAUUCCGAGUAGCCGCAGUGAACCACGCUGGCACUGGGGAGCCUGUCCAUUUACCACAAACUAUACAGCUAGCAGCCCCCAUUUCUGUGACCAAACCCCUGUCCAGCCCUGCUGUGAGGGAGGGGGAGACAGUCUGUCUGCAGUGUGAACUGUCCAGUGAGCACAGUUCUGUCAUCUGGCUGAAGAAUGACAAGCAUCUCCCCCUGGGGAAGAAGUACCAGGCCACAUCGCAGGGGAAGAGGCAGGAGCUGCUUAUCCAGGAUUUCAGGCCUGACGACCAGGGCAUCUACGCCUGUGUGGCUUCACCUGAGGCUGAGACAUCUGUAGGUCUCUAUUUAGAAGAGUUUACCCCGCCCAUGGAGGUUCCAGGUGAAGAGGAAGAGGCCCCUAUCCAGCCCAGUCUGCCCCCUGAGGCAGCUCAGGAGGGUGACCUUCAUCUCCUGUGGGAGGCCCUGGCCAAGAAGCGCCGCAUGAGCCGGGAGCCCACUCUGGAUUCCAUCUCGGAGGUGCCAGAGGAAGAUGACAAACUCUCCAAGGAGCGGAGACAAAAAGCAGAGGAGGAGCCUCUUGCCAAGCCUGAUCUUGAGCAGUUCUAUGCCAGUUCAGAGGAUGAGUCCUUAACUGGGGCCACUUCCUUAGUCUCCUAUCUCAAGAAAACCAGUCAGUCCACUGUCACCUUUGUUGGAGGCCAAGCCCAAACUGUUUCUACCAAGAAGUUCUAUGAUCUCUUUGAAAUGUCUGAGGCAGAACCACCUCAGAAGAUGGCAACAUUGGAACCCCCUACCAUGGAAAUAGGGAAGGAUGAGGAGUCUGAAAUGACAGAGGCAGCCAUUAAAAUUCAGGCUGCUUUCAAAGGCUAUAAGACCAGGAAGCAGUUGAAGCAUCAGGGAGUCCCUGUCUUUGGUGAUGUUUUUAAGGACCAGACAUGUGAGCCCAAUGGUACUGUCCACCUAGAGUGUGUGUCACUCAUGAAAUCUGACAUCCAGGUACGAUGGCUGAAAGAUGGGGAGCAGCUGUAUGAUGGGAAACACCAUCACAUUGACAUCUACAAUGAUGGCACCUGCUGCUUGAUAAUCACAGGCCUGACACCCAAAGACACAGGAGUCUACACCUGUGAAAUUUCGAAUAAAUUGGGCAAGGUAUCCCACAGUGCUAAAGUCACAGUGGGAAGCUCUCGCGACAUCCCCACCCAGAAACACAAGCACAUUCCCUAUGGGUACAGUGCAGAUAGUGAGCCAGAGAGCUCCUCGGGUAGUGAAAUGGAUGAAUCCCUGCGGAGAGCAGGGAAAAGGCUGCGGCGACUCCUCAGGACCAGGCUGUCGCAGGACAUGCCUGAUGUGGAGGAGGAACCCUUUGUGAGUGCUGAUGAAGGAGACCUGGAGGCUGCUGACCAGCAAACGUACCGAGAGGAUGACAAGUAUAUCUACAUCAGGUUUGAUACUCUUGCAGAGGCACAGGUGGCAUCCAGACGCUUCCAAGAGAUGUUCACUGUUCAGGGGGUCCCCAUAGAAACGGAUAUCCUGCAGGAAGGCCUUCGGAAAGUUGAACUCCGCAUUAUGAAGGCAGCCCCGCCUCAGGCCAAGGAGAGCCCUCUGACCCCCACUGCGGAGAAAGAACAGCCUGCUUACACACUUACUGGAUCCGCUCCCCCAGUGUUCCUGACGGAGCUGCAGAGCCAGGACGUGCCAGACGGCUACCCAGUCAGCUUUGACUGCGUGGUCAGUGGCAAGCCCCCUCCCACUGUCCGCUGGUUCAAGGAUGGGAAACUGAUCGAGGAGAAUGACCACUACAUGAUCAACGAGGACCAGGAAGGCUGUCACCAGCUCAUCAUCACCGCCGUCCUGCCCAGCGACAUGGGGGUGUACCGCUGCAUGGCCGAGAACUGCAGUGGCAUUGCCUCCACCAAGGCUGAGCUGCGGGUGGAUGUGUCUUGCAGCUCUGACUAUGACACUGCGGCUGAUGCCACCGAGACCUCUUCCUAUGUCAGCGCUAAGGGUUACCUGUCCAGAGAGCAGGAAGGCUUUGAAUCGAUGACAGACGAGGGGCAGGUCCCCCAGGUAGUGGAUGAGUUACACGACAUUUAUGUCAGCCCUGGAGCCCCCAUUGCCAAGAUGCAUGUCAAGGUCAAAGGCUAUCCUGCUCCACGGGUGUACUGGUUCAAGGACGGCCAGCCACUGAGGCCCUCUGACAGAGUGCUGGUGAGCGAGGAGAAAAGGCUGCACUGUCUUGAGAUCCUGGAGGUCUCCCAGGAGGACGCGGGGGAGUACUCCGCCUACAUCAGCAAUGCCGCUGGGUCUGCCUACUCCUCCGCCAGGCUCUUUUUGCACAGUCCUGGGGAGCAGAUUGCUGAGGGAGACAAGCCAGAUGCUGGUAAAGCCAAAGGCACAAAGGAAAUGGUGGUACCCCCUCGCUUCUUGGAAAGGUUCACUAACAAGAAGGUGAAGAAAGGUUCAAGCAUCACUAUGUCUGUCAAAGUGGAAGGGUUCCCUGUGCCCAUGAUCACUUGGCUUAAAGAGGAAUCUGCAGAGGAUGUUUUGUGGAUAAAGCCAGACACACCUGGCUAUAAGGUGGCCAGCUCCAAGCAUCAGCACAGCUUGAUUCUGCUGGAUGUGGGAAGAGAGUACUCGGGCACCUACACCUGCAUUGCCACCAACAAGGGUGGCCAGUCCAUCUGUACUGCACAACUGGAAGUGAUAGAUGCUUCUGAAGAGGAGAUGCAAGAAGUGGAGCAGAAAGUCGAACCCUCUCACAAGUUACUGCAAGAAAUCAUUGAUAUUACUGUACACCCCCCGGAAGCAGAGCACAUUCUUGGAGCCCCAGGAAAAGGAGAACAAGUGGAGCGUGUCGGCAGUAAACUCCUGAGCCCUUAUCUGGGGGAAGUGGGUACAGAGGAGUUCUUACAAAAGCUGACCUCCCAGAUCACAGAGAUGGUAUCGGCCAAGAUCACACAAGCUUCUCUUCGCGUCCCAGGAGUAGAUAGCGAUGAUGAGACAAAGACCCCCUCCCCCUCGCCACAUCAUGGACGCUCACGGCCAUCCUCCCUCAUUGCGGAGUCUUCCUCCGAAUCUGAUGAAGGGGAGUCCAGGGGAGAGAUGUUUGAUAUCUACGUAGCUACAGCUGACUACACCCCUGCUGGUGGCCAAAAAGAAGCCAUUGCUCUAAAAGAGGGACAAUAUGUGGAGGUCCUAGAUUCAGCACACCCUCUGAAGUGGCUUGUUCGUACUAAACCCACAAAGUCCACUCCAUCUCGACAAGGCUGGGUUUCCCCAGCUUACCUUGACAAGAAGCUAAAGCUUUCUCCAGACACACCUGUAGGAGAAGCUCCAGAGAUCAGUGGAGAAGAGGUUUCUGAAGAUGAAUACAGGAGAAGACUAUGUCAUCUUAUCCAGGACAUGAUAGCAAGUGAGGAAGAGUUUGUGCGGGACAUGGACUUCUUUGUGUCUCACCAUGUGCAGCAUGUCAGCACCAGCCCCGAUGUGCCUUCUGUUGUCACCACCAAAAAGGAUGCCAUCUUUAGGAACAUUGAUGACAUUAGCACUUUCCACAACAGCACCUUGUUCCCCGGCCUGAGUGAAUGUGACACUGAUGAUGAUGUGGCCGUGCGCUUCAUAAAAAAUAGUGAAGGCUUUGAGAAAUACAUCCACUACCUGGUGGGGAAGGCCCAGGGUGAGGCUGCAUUGAGCAACAAAGCUGUCCAUGACUACUUCAAGAGAUACACAGAGGCAGAGCUGGCCCUUGAAGACCCUUCUCAAGUCCCAGUCCCACCUGUCCAUGCCUAUCUGGAGAAACCCCUGGAAAGGAUCCAAAAGUACAAGACUGUGCUCAAGGAAAUGAUUCGAAACAAAGCAAGAAAUGGUCAGAACUGCUGCCUCCUGGAGGAGGCCUUUGCGAUAGUUUCGUCUCUCCCACGCCGCUCUGAGAACACACACCAUGUAACACUUAUCGAGAACUAUCCUGCGACCCUGGAGGCUCUCGGGGAGCCUAUCAGACAGGGGCCAUUCAGUGUGUGGGAGGGGGCCCCAGGAGCUAGAGCGUCUUUCCGGGGACACCACCGGCAUGUCUUCCUCUUCAAAAACUACAUCCUGAUUUGCAAACCCAAGAGAGACAGCAACACUGACACACAGACUUACAUCUUCAAGAACAUGAUGAAGCUGACGAACAUUGACGUGAAUGACAUAGUGGAAGGGGAUGACCGCUCAUUCGAGAUCUGGCAUGAACGGGAGGACUCAGUGAGGAAGUACACCUUGCAGGCCAGGACUGUCAUCAUCAAGAACUCUUGGCUGAAGGAUCUCUGUGACCUGCAGCAACGCUACAGUCUGCCAGCCUGGAGUUCCCCUGAUUUUGAGGAGGUUCUCGCUGACUGCACGGCUGAGCUUGGGGAGACAGUCAAACUGGCCUGCAAGGUCACAGGAACACCCAAACCCGUGGUUACGUGGUACAAGGAUGGCCGGCCAGUUGAUGUGGACCCUCACCACAUCAUCAUCGAGGACCCUGACGGCUCCUGCACCCUCAUCCUGGACAACAUGACUGCGGAGGACUCAGGACAGUACAUGUGCUUUGCUGCCAGCAGUGCAGGCAAUGCUAGCACACUGGGCAAGGUCCUAGUACAGGUGCCUCCCCGUUUCGUGAACAAGUUGAGGAAUGCUGUGCUUGUCCAAGGAGAGGAUUGCCAGUUCACUUGUACCAUACAGGGUGCCCCCAGCCCACAGAUCAGGUGGACUAAGGAUGGCAUUCUGCUGACAGACCAGGAGAAGUACCAGACAUUCAGUGAGCCACGUAGUGGAGUUGUGGUACUGGUCAUCAAGACCCCAGGGGAGAGUGACCUGGGACGAUACCAGUGUGAGCUGAAGAACAGGCUGGGCACUGCGACCUGCGCAGCCGAGCUGUGUCUGCAGUCUGCUGCACUGAUGGCCAGCGAGAGGAGGGGGGAGCAGGCCAUCUGUAUUGAAGUCACAGAGCAGGAGACUAAAGUGCCAAAGAAAACCAUCAUCAUAGAAGAAACUAUAACCACAGUGGUGAAGACUCCCAGACUGAAACGCCGUAUGUCUCCUGGACUGUCUCCCUCACGGGUUCUCCGGUCUGAGGUGUCGACUCCAGAGCCCACCCCAGGCACCAAGCCCAAGAGACCUGCAACACGGUCCCAACCAGAAAUGGCCAAGAGGCCAGUUAUCCCUACUCUCGUUGUUACGGAACACGAGGGAGCUUUGGCUACAUCAGUGAAAGGAGAAUCCAAGACUGAAGACCAAAAGUCUAAGUGGAUUGAGGUAGAGGAGAUCAUUGAGUACAAAGUGAAGAAAUCACCCAAGCUUCCCAGGAAGAGAGGAGCUUCUCCAGGCAAAUCUGAGAAAGAGCAAACUGAAACAGUCUUUACUUUUCCUGGUCCCCAGCCCAAGAGAUCUCCCAGAGAUGAUCCUAAUGCCAACAACUCAAACAACAAGCUGGUAGAACAGCAAGGCCCCUCUCUGCCAGAGGACAGCCUCCCUGAUCUCAAUAUUCAGCCACUUCCUUGGGAAGAUGGACAAGAUGGGGCUUCAGCAGAUGGAGAAGCAACCACCCCUAGUGCAGUAUCUUCAAGGGCUGCUUCACAGCCUCACUGCGAUACUUCUGAGGGAAACGGAGAUGUCGUCACAACAGGGGUAACGACCAGCAUUCAGUUGAAAGAUGGUACAUCCCCCAUGGUAGCUCAGGUUGGACAAACUCUUGUCUUUAGUUUUGAAACACCAGAGUCCGGCCAUGAUGAGUCAUCUCUGGAAAUGGCAAAGGGAGAUUCUGCGGAAAAAGACCCCUCUGUUGAUCAAUGUCAGGAGGAGUCACCUAAUGAGGAAACCAUCAUUGUUGAAGAACCAGAGGAAGAAGGAGAUACCUUGGCAAACAGAGACAUCAAAGUCUUGACCCAAGAUGGGAGAAUACUAACGUUGGAAGAUCUUGAAGAUUAUGUCCCAGAAGAAGGAGAAACCUAUGGAUGCGAGGAUAUUGAUCAGUCAUCUGGAGGAGAUGCGGAUAAACCCUGUGAGAUAUCUGUCCUUCAGAGGGAGAUCAAUGAGCCCACCAUUGGAAAACCUGUUCUGCUCAAUGUAGGACGACCCAUUGUUUCAAAUCCCCAGCCCAGUUUAUUCACACGCUUCAAGGAGCAUCUUUCCAGUAGCUUUUUCAUGUCCGCAAGCCACAUGCCUGAAGCCCAGUCCAGUGGGGUGCCAGGGGUGUCAGUGCAUGUGACUGGAACAUGUACAGACACUGUUACACAGUCAGCAGGGGCUGCUGCUCCUCCAGAGAGCCAACAUACAUUUGAAGUUAAACCUUCAUACUGUAUGGAGGUUCAGCGAUGCCGCGACAAUGGGCAGCAGAGCUUCAAAACAGAAGUUUCUGCACGAACAUUCAGCUACCAAACAGUGGGAGAGCCAGUCACUCUUCAGAUCAGCAAGAAGGACAAAUACCAACACUCAAACCCAUCAAGCGAUGGCACACAGGUAGCCCCAGAAAUCCCUGCAGCAGAUGAGGCCGCAGUAGGUGACUUCCUACAGAGAGAGACUAAGGAGAUGCUCCCUUCUGGGGAGGAACAGGCCUUGAGGAGCAGGUAUAAAGCCUGUACAUCACUGCCAGAACAAGUGGAAAGAGCUUCACGUACAGACAGCACCCACGACCAAGACCUGGGGCUGGAUAGCAUGUCCAGGAUGCCCGUGAAAAGAUGGUAUGAAAUCGAAUUUAGCCCAACCACCUUCCACAAGAGGGCCUUCAUAAUACAAGGAUUAGAGUCCUUCAGUCCUUACAGCCACAGAACUGAGACCAGAGGCAGAGAGCCAAGUCUUGAUGACAAAGGGGAUGUAACCUGGGAUAUAAAGACAGAGGACUAUGUUGAAACCAGAGUGAAGGAGUCAGGUCCUCCGCACGUUCAGGAGAUUGUAGAAGACCUCCAGGUGCAGAGUGGGGACACAGCCACAUUCAGUACUGUAAUUGUAGGGCACCCUGCCCCAGCUGUCACGUGGUAUAAGGACGGGGUGGUGCUGUCCAGCAGCGAGCGGGUUGAGCUCCACCAGCAGGGCUCCCGGUUUUCUCUCACCGUGGUCGACACAAGCAGCCAGGACUGCGGCGUCUACACCUGCGCUGCCAGCAACCCCUGGGGCGAUGUUUCCUGCAAGGCUGAGCUUAUUGUCGCAGAAGGUUCAGAGCGUAGUAAACAUGAAAGGAAAAAGAGGAGGAAACUGCACUCCUUGUACGAGGUCCACGAGGAGAUUGGGAGGGGCAGCUUUGCCUUUGUGAGGCGGGCGAAAUGUAAAGGGAGCGGGGAGAGCUGUGCAGCCAAGUUCAUCCCUCUCAUAAGCAGCAACAAGGCCCAGGCCCUUCGGGAGCGAUCUGUGCUCUCCCAGCUCAGCCACCCCAGACUCGCCUGUUUGCUGGAUUCCUUCUACACCAGGAAGACGCUGGUCUUGCUCACUGAGCUCUGCUCUACUCAGACACUACUAGACCACUUGCUAUCAAAGGAAUCUGUCCCAGAAAAAGAGGUUCAGAAUUACAUUCACCAAGUCUUGGAAGGCAUUAAUUAUAUUCACAACAAAAACAUUCUCCACUUAGAUAUAAAGCCUACCAACAUCCUCAUGGCGCUGUCAGAAAAGGACGAGAUUAAGAUCUGCGAUUUUGGUUUUGCUCAAGAAAUAGACCUGUCUAAACCCCAGUACAGCAGGUUUGGGACCCCUGAGUUUGUGGCCCCUGAAAUUGUCUGCCAAGCACCAGUUACCAAGGCAACAGACAUUUGGUCUGUUGGUGUCCUGUCUUACUUAUGUUUGACAGGCAGCUGUCUGUUCUUUGGAGAGAAUGACUGUGCUACACUGAAGAACAUUCAGGAUGGGAGGAUUUCCUGGGAUGAUCCUGAUGUCACUUCAAGAAGCCCAGAGGCACAGGGCUUCCUCCAGAGGGUCCUACAACUUUUUGCUGAGAAGAGACCUACAGCUGCUGAGUGUCUGAGGCAUGACUGGUUUCUGGACAAUCAGAGUACUCGAGAAGCUGAAUUAAUCAAUACUAAGAAGCUGAAAUUCUUUGUCUCAAGGAGUAAGUGGCAGUGCUCACUCAAGUCCUAUGGGUCUGUGAUGGUGGUGAGGUCUAUACCCGAUCUAUUGGAAGGACCAUUCCAGGAAACUUCUCUGGCUGUUCCCCGAGACCACCUGGACCAUAGCAGCUCUUCCCCCAGCAGUGUCUCCUCCUCUGAUUAUGAAGACGCUUCUUGUCACAGAGAGACAGACUCCAUGAGCACACCAGAGCACCUCCUACCUGCUAAGCACAGGCAGCACCCUGAGAAGUCCUGGGAAGUAGAAAAAGAAAGUGGAGAAGGAUUUAGAACGACAGACCAUUGCAUAGAACUUUCACAGAGCAGUGCUUCAGAUGCACUGCCCGAAGUGAAGAAGGAAGAACAUUCUGUUUUGACUCCUCGAAAACAGAUUUUACCAGACCAGGGUGGUGUCAGCAGUGAGUUUAGGCUUACUGUCUGUAAACCAGAUGUUACAGAAGCAUUUAGGUCCUCAGAGUCCACUGGCAACCUGAGUCAUGAAGAUUCAGCUGGUAGCUCCCUGUCUUUAGACAUUUCCGAAGAUGAUGCAACAGGCUCUACUUGUGUACGUAUCCCAAGGGAUAGCCUGAUCAAGAGCACAUUCUACAGCAGCUCCACAGAGCUCUCUCCGUUGUCUGCCCGCAGAAUGUUUCUUCAGGGAAAGAAGUACAUGAAGAGGCAUGAGAGAGCUAGGAAGCACCUCAUGAAAGCUGGCCUUUCCAGUCGACUACAGGAGCCCCUUCUAGAGCAAUUUGAAGAGAGCCAGAAUGAGGGAGAUGAUGGUGGGAAUCAGGGAAGAAAUCUGCUGUAUCCACCUUCAGUCAUUGCUAAAUCCAGUUCUUUUGACAUCGGAGUCAGGGUUUCCAACUCUGAUAUAAGUAUGAAAAGGAGGAGCAGAUCCUUAGAUGAAUAUCACACCAGGACCCCAUCACCCUCUGAACUGAUAGAAGCAAGAAGAGAUGAGAGUGAAGAUCUUGCUUCCAGAGUGCUACGCGAAAAUGAAAUGCAAGUCAAGCUCUUUGAUAGUCACCCUGAAAAAGCAAUGAAAGAAUCCACUCAAGAUGAUGCAGAAAACACAGGUUCCUUUGCAGAUGAAUGUACACUCAAAGAACCACACAGUGAAAGAGAGACAGUUCAGCAAUCUGAACUCACCACAGAGGAUACUGCCAAGGCAGAGACACCCCUCUCGUCAACUGAUAGCAAAGUGGAAUCUGCCAUGCUUCAGAGUGUUAUAAGUGAAAUGGUUUCCCUAUCUGAAGAAAUUAAAGUUAUAAGUGGCUUUGAAUCACCUCCAGAAAACCCUGAUACAUCUGAAUUCUCUCUUUUAGCGUAUGCCACCCAAGAUGAGAGCACCCAGAGAACUGAGGAUUCACCGUCUUCAGUAAGGGAACCAUUACCAAUGAAGCCCAUUUUUGUAGAAUCUACUACACCAGUGUCUGCGGUUCAAGAAGUGUCAGAGCUACUGACUUCCCAGUACGGCCUUUCAGAGUUUGAGAGCCCCAGAAGCUUUCACCUGUCUUUAAAAGCUUUAGAAACUUUAGAAGAAGAAAAUAGAACUCAUUUCCCACAGCUUCAUGUUGCAAUGGCAAAAAGUGAGAUGAGAACAUCAAAUGAUCCACCUGUCUUGGCCUUGGCUGCAGAACCAACAGAUGAAACACCUGCAACAGGUGGCUCCUUAUCUUUUAAAGAACCUUAUGGGUCCAAAUAUGAUCUUCAAGGUUCUUUUGGAGAACCAGAAGUGAUUUUCUCAACUCCCGCAGAAGCUACUUGCAUUAGUGUACCAUCUGCAAGCCAUCCACAAGAGCCACAAGUGAGCCCUGAGGAAGAAUUUGGGAUCUUUCAUGAACAUAUGUCAGAGACUGCUUCAGUGAAGGCACAAUCAGGUGCAUAUGUGGAAACUUAUGGCGAUGAUGAUAAUGACCUGGAGCCAGAACUUCAGCACCUUUUGGAGGAAGUCAACAUAUAUGAGAAUCUCAACAUUGCGUGGCGGGACACUGCCUUCCCAGUGAAGUCCACAUCUUUAGUUGAAGUUUCUAAUGAGAAACAGAGUGCAGAAGCCCUUACAGAACAAAUUCAUCGUCCCUCUUCUGUCCCAGAUUCAAAGCACCAGCCCAGUAAAACGGGGAAAUAUGGAAUUUUACGGUUCUUCAGAAAGCAUUCAUCUACAGACUACCCUACAUCAUCAUUUGGACAGGGGUCUGAGAUACAAACUUCAGAGGAGAAGCUGGGCCACUCCCCCUCACUGUAUCAGCAGCUACAAGGAGCUUCCAGUUUAUCCUUAACAAAGAAGAUGAGGGCUUCUAUCUCCUGCUUGCCCGCAGCCAUCUGGGGGAAACAACGCAAGGAGACAGAUAAAAGAGAAGGUGGAGAGGAAGAGCCACAUCCUGAGUUGGGUACUGCCACAUUAGGGUCCCUGAGGAGGAAGUCUAAGCUCUUCUCCUUCAAACUGCGUGGGUUGAAGAAAAGUCGAGAGCCAGUGUUUCUGGAAGAGCUCCAAGACAUGUCUGUAUCUCUGGGUCAGUCAGUUACGCUGUCCUGUAGGCUCUCAGGAUACCCACCCCCAGACAUCUGCUGGUAUAAAGAGGGCCAGUGGAUUAAGAGCAGUAGCCAUAUCUGGUUGUCAGUGAUGGACAAGGAGCUCCACUCUCUAACUAUCCACGCAGCCCGGGAGGAGGACCUGGGCAGCUACCGCUGUGUGGCCAGUAACGUAGUGGGACAGGCCUCCACCUCCUGCACCCUCAUUGUGUCAGAAGUCAGCUGGUAUGGUCCAGUCCCAGAAUUCUCCUGUAUAUACUGUAUGGAUGACUUUGCAAUGGAUCUCCCACUGAGAGACAGACGCAGAUGCAGAGAAAGGGAAAGGAAAGAGAAGAAACAUCUUGGGAUCUCCAUGACCUGGAACCCUUGGAAAUACAAAAGACUAAAAAAAGAAAAAAACAUAUCUCCAAAUGAAGAAAAGCUGCAGCUAGAGUCAAAUCAAAAAGAGCUGCCUGCCUGCCCGGCCAGCCCAGAACUUACCCAGGUGGACGGGGAUGGAGUGCUACUGGUGUGGAAGCCUGUAGAAUCCAUAGCUCCCCUUACAUACAACAUCCAGUACAGCAAAGAUGGAGAGGCGUGGAGGCUGCUGGCUGAGGGGGUGAUGGACAGCUGUUAUACAAUCGCUGCCCUGCCCAGGGGAUCACUGUACAGGUUCAGGGUGGCCUGUGUCAAUAGAGCUGGGAUGGGACCUUACAGCGACCCCUCGGCUGCAACCACCAUUGGAACUGAUCAAGAAGACUCUCACAUCCCCCUCAUUCACACUGUUCGCCCCAGGGAAGAGGGGAGUGAGCUUACAGCACAGCCAGGGUCCCCUUUCUUCCCCAUUCACACAACCUACACCUUCCUCUCUGAGACCAACAGGGGGCGCUUCAGCGUCAUAAAGCAGUGCAGGGAAGACCUAAGCGGGAAGCUAUUUGCGACCAAAGUGACUCCGUACAAGGCAGAGAAGCGUCAGUGUGUGCUGAGGGAGUACCAGCUGCUGAAGAGGCUGCGGCACACAAACGUGGUCCAGCUGCAUGCUGCUUUCAUCACCCCACGCUACCUGGUGCUGAUCGAGGAGCUGUGCAUCGGGCGCGAGCUGCUGCAUCACCUGGCUGAGAGAGACUCGUACUCUGAGCUGCACGUUAGGGAGUUCCUGCAACAGAUUCUCAGCGCAGCUGAAUACCUCCACUCCUGCAAUGUGCUGCACCUUGACCUCAAGUCUGACAACAUGCUUGUCACUGAGCACAACCUGCUGAAGAUUGUGGACUUCGGCUCAGCUCAGACCUACGAAGCAGGGAAACCCCUCAUUGUGGAGAGGAUCCAUGAAUUGACAGAGUGCCGAGCUCCAGAGAUCCUGGGAGGGCAGGGUGUAGGGCCAGAAACAGACAUUUGGAGUGUUGGUGUUGUAGCAUUCAUCAUGCUGAGCGCAGAUAACCCAUUUUACUCUGACAUCCACUGCGAGAGGGACAGAAACAUUAAAAAGGGGAAGAUCCAGUUUGGGAGGUGCUACCCCGGGCUGUCAGAGGGGGCCUUGAAUUUUGUGAAAAGAACUCUGCACAGCAAACCCUGGGGAAGGCCUUCCGCUGCCGAGUGCCUGGAGUUGCCAUGGUUGCAAGGAGUCCCAGUUUCUAAGCGUCGCUCCUCCAUUGUGUGUUUCUCCACAGACAAGCUACAGGGUUACAUCCGAGACAGGGAGAGGAAACGGGCACAACUUCGCACCAAACUGGAUUUACCAAUCUUCCAGUGAACAGCGUAAAUAUUAGGGAAGAAAAGUGUCAGGUAUUGCUGUGUCCAGACAUGUGCCCCACAGACACUAAGAAUACAGUAUGUCCGUUUUAAAACCACAGUUACAGUAUCUUCAAAAUAAUAACGUGUAAACAACUCACGAUUAAACUUUUCAACACCCUUC